UCAUGUGAUCAUAAUAACAAUUACAUCACAGCUGACUGUUGAUGUUCAGUAAUCAGUGAUGAAAGUAACUGAGUACAUUUACUCCAAUGCUGUGUCUCCUCCACUACAUUCAUCUGAAGCUUUAGUUACUGCAGGGUCCCUGCACUGGAGGAGAAGAUGAUCAGCCUCCUCAGGACCUUCAGGUGGAGGUGCUGCAGGUCCAGCUUCAUCACCACAACCAGCUCCAUCUGUGAUCGUCGACAUGAGGAGGAUUUACCAAACUGUGGAUGUUUUGAACAGAUGACAGGUUUAAUGAACUUCAGUCACCAGACUGUAUAAAAAGAUGAGACACCGCACAGAUCAGCCAUCACAUAUAAGAAUUUACAAUACUGUUACGAUGAGAGUUCUGAAAAAUCAUCGACAGUGUCGUAUCAGUGAAUCCUUAUGAUGCUCGGUCCAGGUUUGUGUCAUUUGUUCAGUUCCUUUCAUUUCACUGCUGGAAGCAGAACACGAGAGCAAAGACUAACAAAGACUAAGGUUUGGUUUGAACUCUACACAGUGAUCAAUGAUCUAUGUCCUGGUAACUGUUGUACAGGCGGCUCUGUUUCAGUGGCGGUCUAUGGGGAAAUGCUGUUUGCAGUACCACCAGUGGCCACUGGGGGAAAAUGCUGUGAGGCUGAGCGGCGGCACCGUAUCCAGGUCUGAUCCGUGCUCUGUCGGCCGCUGCUUUAUUUCCCACCACAGAAGAAGAGGGGAGACGCGGACGAAGCGGAAACAAAGAGAUUUCUGCAGAUUCUGGUCCAGAAUGAAAUGGAACCGGAGUUCUGAUCAGGACUGAACCGAUUCUUCUCGUGUGUGUGGACCGGAACCAGGUGCAUCAUGUCUGAGGAGGCGGUGGGAGCAGAGCGAGGCCCAGAGGAGGAGGAGGAGGAGGGUGGAGGAGAGGAAGGUGAAGAAGAGUGUGAAGAGGGAGAAGGAGGAGGAGGAGGAGAGGUUGCCAUGGAGAUCCCCAACGCUCCUGUUUACUGCAUCUGCAGGAAACCAGACAUCAACUGUUUCAUGAUAGGGUGCGACAGCUGUACUGAGUGGUUUCAUGGAGACUGUGUUGGAGUUUCAGAGAAAGCAGCUAAAGCUAUCAGAGUGUGGUACUGUCCAUCCUGCAGAGACAGAGACCCAUCUCUGGAGAUCAAAUACCGUCCAAAGAAGACAAAGGAGAAGGAGGAGAGAGAGGUGGAGCUGGAGAGAGACGACAAACCUGACAGAGACAGAAGCUCCACCCCCCAGCCCAAGAUGGACAGGAGGCGGGGCUCACAGAUCAAGCGUUCGGCUCGGAUGUGUGGCGAGUGCGACGCCUGUCUGAGGACGGAGGACUGCGCUCAGUGCGACUUCUGCAAAGACAUGAAGAAGUUCGGAGGUCCGAACAAGAUCAGACAGAAGUGUCGACUCAGACAGUGUGAGGUCCGAGCUCGGAAGAUGCUUCGGGUCAAAGACGAGGAGAUGAGUCGGAGCGGUGGCAGGGGGCGGGGCUUACCGAGGAAAGGGGCGGGGCAUCAGACAGAGGAGGAAGACGAGGAGGAGGAGGAGGAGGGGUUCAGCGAGAGCGAGCUGGAGCUGUACGAGCAGUACAAAGCUGCCGGAUACAGAGACCUGGUGUGGCACAGCGAGGAGGAGGACGCUCAGUCGGACUCUCUGAGGAAAAAGGCAGUGAAGGUGAAACAUGUGAAGAGACGAGAGAAGAAGACAGAGAAGAAGAAGUCUGUGUCUGCUCCUAAAGAGGAGGUGAAGCCUCGGCGCCACAAAGUGAAGCAGCGUCAUAGGGAGCGCAUGCGGCACAGCGAGCGAGCGGGAGAGGGCGGGGUCAAAGAGGUGGGUGGGGCUCUGAGGCAGUGUCUGGGUCCCGGCUGCGUCGAACCGGCGAGGACCAACUCCAAAUACUGCUCCGAGGACUGCGGCAUGAAGCUGGCCGCCAAUCGUAUCUAUGAGAUCCUGCCUCAGAGGAUCCAGCAGUGGCAGCAGAGUCCGUGUGUUGCCGAGGAGAUGGGGCGGAGACAGCUGGAGCGAAUCAGGAGGGAGCAGCAGGCGGCGAGGCUCCGCCUCACGCUGAUGGAGAAACGUUUUCACGAGCUCGAAGGAAUCAUCGCCAACGCCAAACUGCAGCAGGUCCAACACCACGAGGAGGUGACUGAAGGUGAUGGUGAUGACACCGACCUUCAGAUCUUCUGUGUUUCCUGCAGUCACCCCAUCAACCCAAAGGUGGCGCUGCGACACAUGGAGAGAUGUUACGCUAAGUAUGAGAGUCAGACAUCAUUUGGUUCCAUGUACCCAACACGUAUAGAGGGAGCCACCCGGUUGUUCUGUGAUGUGUAUAACCCUCAGAGUAAGACGUACUGUAAGCGGCUGCAGGUUUUGUGUCCUGAACACUCCAGAGAUCCAAAGGUCCCGGCAGAUGAGGUCUGUGGUUGUCCUCUGGUCAAAGAUGUGUUCGAGCCGACCGGAGAGUUCUGUCGAGUCUCUAAGAGGAAGUGUAACAAACAUUACUGCUGGGAGAAACUGCGGCGAGCCGAGGUCGACCUGGAGCGAGUCCGAGUGUGGUACAAACUGGACGAGCUGUUUGAGCAGGAGAGGAACCUGAGGACGGCCAUGACCAACAGAGCUGGGUUACUGGCCCUGAUGCUGCACCAGACCAUCCAACACGACCCCAUCACCACCGACCUGCGCUCCGCCAAGGACAGGUAGACAGGUGGAGAUGGACAGGUGGAGACAGGUGGAGGCAGACAGGUGGAGACAGACAGGUUCAGUGGUCAUCUGUAACGUUCAGUGAUGAUGAGAAGGUUUUGUUGUGAUCAUCACUGAGCUGUUGUUGUUGUUGUGAGAUAAAGUUUCAGUCCUGAGAUACAGAGUCAUGGUUCUGAUGGUUCUGAUGGUUCUGAUGGUUCUGAGACCUUGAUCUUCACAACAGAGAGUUUCAGACUCAUUAACUGUCUGAAUCUGAUCUGAGAGCAGCUCAUUGUAAACCUGAACCAUCAGCUCUGAUCAAUAACUCUGAUCACAAACAGUAUUAACCCUCAGCAGAGGCAGAUCUCACAGCAGUGACGUCUGAACUGUCCACGCUGCACUACACUACCCACAAUCCACUGCACAGUGAGUGGCCUGAUCAAACACCUGUGGACAGAAUAAGAGGAACUCUCCUCGCAGCUGAGACUUUAACAUCUUCUGGUUUUAUUGGCCUGAUGUUUCUUUUCUCUGAGUCGUUUUAUAUCUCAGUGUUUUUAUACUUUGAUUUAUUCAUGUUGUUUUUUACUGUUUGUUCAUGUUGUUCAAACUGAUGUUACAUUAAAAACUGAUGUUUUAUCUUU